UACACGCGCCCCGUGGCUUCAGCUGUCCAAGGCAGGUUCCUGGGAGUUCUGUUGUUUGUGCUAAUGGAGCUGGGUGCUGACAAGACCUCCAAUGUCUUCGAGCGUAACUGGCAACUUCUUAAGAACGCUGCCACAGCGGCUCGUGCUGACAAAAAGUUCUGGCAACAAAUCCUGCUCAGCUGCCCUCGUAAUCAGGAAGUUGCUGCAGAGACUGCAAGGCACUACAUAGCUCACAGCAAAACGUGGCAAAUUAUCUCAGGCCGCGAUGUUGACACCAUCGCUCUGCUGCUGCCCCACCAACAGCCCUCGACGCUCAUCGUUCACCGCUUCGAUGGUCUAGCGCUCGUGUCAUGGCGCAAGGUGGUCAACAAAUUCAGCGGAAAUGUGAUGCUAUGUCUUCCUAAUCACCACCCUUGCGACGGCUAUAUUGCAGCAUUGAGCCAUUCAAGCUGCACGUUGUCCACAUUUUUUGGCCGCAUCGUGGAAUCAAGCAGUAUUCAGUCCCUAGCUAAGGUGUCGACGCCCGACGCAGAGUUCACCAUCGUCACUGAGCCUCAUGUGGACUUGGCACCGCUACAGGACAAGCAUCAUGAGCUCUGGGUGACUGUUGAACCCACAUGUAAAGGGGAAAUUGUUGCUCUACCUGUGUCUCCUCGCAUCUGCCUCAAGGUGACGCCUGUCACCGAAAACCAGCAAGAGAGUUUGACUCGCACCACACUUGGGCUGGCUCCUGCUGACAACAGGUUGCGGAGGCUGGAGGUGCGUGACUGCGAGUUGGCUGAAGCGCAGCUGCUGGAGGUGGUAGCUGUGAUACAAAGCAAGGGCCUCAGGACGCUGGUACGGGACAAUGAAGUCCAUGGAGGACCCAGCCGAGUGCUGACUAUUCGAGAGAAGAAUUUCGUGCUGGUGCUCACCGACAAACCGCCUGUGUCACCGAAGGUCGAAUCCAACCGUCUCGUUGCAUCGAAGGACUUUGCCGUCGGUGGAGAGAACCUCUGUCCGCUGGCCUCGUCGUGCGGGGACCUGGACGCCGUGUACAGGAGUCUGUACGCCCUGAACGUUGUGCUGCCGCACGCGCUGCGCUUUGUGAUGGAGAAAGUGUGCGCGGACAAGCCUCCACAAGACGCUUGCAUGGAGUAUCUGGCGCAAAAAGCCCAGAUGUCAUUGAAGGACCUACGCGAAUAUGUGAAUUCUGAGAACAUUGAAAGAACCACGUGGGUCCAUUUUGAAAAACAUGAAUGUGAUGAGAUUGAUUUGCGUCCAUUUGAUCCAUUAAUUCCGAUGAGUCUGGUUACUGACUUUAUGGAAAUUCGCCAAAUGACCAUCAUGGAUGAACCGGAUAAAGAAAGAAACUACAGAGAAGUGCAAGAUCUCUUAAAAGAAGGCGAGGUGUGCAGGGAGGAGAUAUUAACAAACCAGUAUAGUGAUCCUUCUAAACUCGUCAGCGUCACACAAAAGAUGACUCAGAUUAUAUUCAAAUUGAUCAGUGAGGCUUCAAAGCUGCAUGGAGUGCCAGAUGCAGAAUCAGAGCAAGUGACGAAAACUUGCCAAUCACUGUUUGACAAAUACGACUCUGCCGUCCGUGUUGAUGCUAAUGCUUUUGUGGCAUAUCAUGUGCAGAAAGAAAACAGGGAGAGAAGAGCCAGUCUUGCCUCUGGAAAGGAAUUUGAUGAUCGGAAAUUCUUCAAAAAAGAGCGUGGAUCACAUAGGAUUAACUCUCUUGGAUCAAUAAAAUGCCAAGUGCUCGUCAUAGAAGAGGUCUUAGGAUCUGACGAAAUUAACUUUAUUCGCCGCAGGGCAUGGGAUAACACAUACAGUUCGAGUCAUGGCGUGUUUAUCUACUUCAGAUGUCUUGACACUCAAACAUACAGUUUUUCCGACUUACUCAAGCAAAACUUUCCAAGGGCUUGCUGUGAAAUAGGAGAGAAAAAAGUUGGAAACGCCUUGACAAAAUUAAACCCCUUAAUACUUGUAGAUGGGUAUGACGAAGCCAACGGAAUGUCCAUCGUGCUCGUAGAAGAAAUUUUCUACAAAUUAUAUAAAUUCGAAUCCAAGAUCGUUCUCACUACUCGGUCAUGCGAUACCUCCCUAAUCAGGAAAAUUGUGAUGAAUGAAGGUAAAAAUGCUACUGUUGGAGGAGCAAAGUUGCCUCCAAUGAACACUUGGAUGAACAGCUGGCGGUCUUGCUUCGGUGUCUGAAAGUUCUCGAACGUUCAAAUCUGUUCAGGAGAAUUGAUCUUCUCUCUGUUUUCUUCAGCAGAAGGUUUCUUCUGGCUACUUGCCCGAAAAUGACCAAAUUCUCCAUUGCAAGAGGCCAGAAGCACGAUAACUAGCACCUGUUAGGAAAGAAUUAAUAGUAUGGCCCUAUGUACAAACACCCUUCUAAUAGAUUACCACGGCAAAAACAAAUUGUUUUACCUAGAGCACUUGUUCCAUGAUGUGCCCAAUGAUGACCACCAAAAUAUCUUCCCUGAAAGCUGAAUCAGCUUUCCCUAUCUUCAAACGCCAACCUCUCGUGACGGCGUACAUGAACAUGGAAUUUAAAAGCUGAGAAGUUGAAAAUUAUCGUUGUCAGUUGUCUCAUCUGCCUUAUUAUCAUUUCUACCUACUAACCUGCGUGCCAUGGUGUUCGACUAAUCCUAUAGAAUUUAAAUUUGUUAUUUGAUAAACCAGAUUAUACUGCAUUAAUUUUGCUAUGAUUUUUAUAACAUGAGUGCUUGUGUGCACAUGAACUUUAACGUUAUGUGGAAUUCUCAGCAACUCCGCAACUGCUCCCUUGCUAGAUUGUAGAAGUAAUGUUACAAUUAUCUUCGUACAACUGAAGUAAUUAUGAACAUGUUUCACAUGUGGGUUCAUUAAUUAUUUAUUGAGACCCACUACCUUCCCGCCCGACUGGAAACACAGAAUGUGUUCUUAUUUGAAAUAAUAUGCGUUUAAAAAAUACUUUUUACAGAUAACACGU